AUGUAUAAAUCAAAUAUUAUAGUCAGAAAUCUACAUAGAAUAUCAAAUAAUACUAGUAUUAAACACAAUUUAUCAAGAUCAUUAGCUACUAUACCCUCCACAAUACCCUCAACUAAUACUAAUAGUAGUACUAGUAGUAGUACUAGUAGUAGUACUAGUACUAAGGAUAAAAUAUCACAAAAGGAUUCAACAUCUAGUGGUAAUAUAAAUGUUGUUGUUCCUCCUUCUGGUGCUUCAAUUACUUUAAAAUCUGCAACUAGAGACGCUUCUAAAUUUGGUACUAGACCUAUUUAUCUUGAUGUACAGGCUACUACUCCUGUUGAUCCAAGAGUUUUAGAUAAAAUGUUACAAUUUUAUACUGGUUUAUAUGGUAAUCCUCAUUCUUCAACUCAUGCUUAUGGUUGGGAAACUGAUAAAGAGGUUGAAAUUGCAAGGGAAUAUGUUUCAAAAGUUAUAAAUGCUGACCCAAAAGAAAUAAUUUUUACUUCGGGUGCAACUGAAUCAAAUAAUAUGAUUAUAAAAGGUAUUCCUAGAUUUUAUAAAAAAACAAAAAAACAUAUUAUAACUACUCAAACUGAACAUAAAUGUGUUUUAGAUUCUGCUAGACAUAUGCAAGAUGAAGGUUUUGAAGUUACUUAUUUACCUGUAAAUGAAGAAGGUUUAAUUAAUUUACAAGAUUUAAAAAAUUCAAUUAGAAAAGAUACAAUUUUAGUUUCCAUAAUGGCUGUAAAUAAUGAAAUUGGUGUUAUACAACCAUUAAAAGAAAUUGGUAAAAUUUGUCGUGAAAAUAAGGUAUUUUUUCAUACUGAUGCUGCUCAAGCUUAUGGUAAAAUUCCAAUUGAUGUUAAUGAAAUGAAUAUUGAUGCUUUAUCAAUAAGUUCUCAUAAAAUUUAUGGUCCAAAAGGUUUAGGUGCUUGUUAUAUUAGAAGAAGACCAAGAGUUAGAUUAGAUCCAAUUAUUACUGGUGGAGGUCAAGAAAGAGGUUUAAGAUCUGGCACUUUAGCUGCUCCUUUAAUUGCUGGAUUUGGUGAAGCUGCAAGAUUAAUGAUGUUGGAAUCAAAUUAUGAUAAAAAUUAUAUUGAAAAAUUGUCAAAUAAAUUAAAAAAUGGUUUAUUAUCAAUACCUUCAACUCAAUUUAAUGGUUCAAAAAAUCCAAAUUAUCAAUAUCCUGGUUGUGUUAAUAUUUCUUUUGCUUAUAUUGAAGGUGAAUCAUUACUUAUGGCUUUAAAAGAUAUUGCUUUAAGUUCUGGUUCUGCUUGUACUUCUGCUUCUUUAGAACCUUCAUAUGUUUUACAUGCUUUAGGUGCUGAUGAUGCAUUAGCUCAUUCAAGUAUUAGAUUUGGUAUUGGUAGAUUUACAACCGAAGAAGAAGUUGAUUAUGUUAUAGCUGCUAUAAAUGAACGUGUUGAAUUUUUAAGAAAAAUGUCUCCAUUAUGGGAAAUGGUUCAAGAAGGUAUUGAUUUAAAUUCAAUUGAAUGGAGUGGUCAUUAA